GGACUGUGGCGCGGGCCGGGCGGCGCCCCCCGCCCCGCCGCCUGGCGUUCUUCCUGCUCGGGUGUCCCACCUGGGAAUUCGUUGCACCGCACAGCCGAACCCGAGUGUGUCAAUGGGUGUGUGUUGGAAUGAGGAUGGCGACGAGAAGAUCACUCCCGGAAUAACUUAAUUUGAUCUGCUAGACCAGGUGGAUAUCUAUCAAGUUCUCUUUCUCUCCUACAGAGUUAACUAGGCACCUCAGCCAGCAUGGCAGCCUCUUUCCCACCCACCUUGGGACUCAGUUCUGCCCCAGAUGAAAUUCAGCACCCACAUAUUAAAUUUUCAGAAUGGAAAUUUAAGCUGUUCCGGGUGAGAUCCUUUGAAAAGACACCUGAAGAAGCUCAAAAGGAAAAGAAGGAUUCCUUUGAGGGGAAACCCUCUCUGGAGCAAUCUCCAGCAGUCCUGGACAAGGCUGAUGGUCAGAAGCCAGUCCCAACUCAGCCAUUGUUAAAAGUCCACCCUAAGUUUUCAAAGAAAUUUCAUGACAACGGGAAAGCAAGAGGCAAAGCGAUCCAUCAAGCCAACCUUCGACAUCUCUGCCGCAUCUGUGGGAAUUCUUUUAGAACUGAUGAGCACAACAGGAGAUAUCCAGUCCAUGGUCCUGUGGAUGGUAAAACCCUAGGCCUUUUACGAAAGAAGGAAAAGAGAGCUACUUCUUGGCCGGACCUCAUUGCCAAGGUUUUCCGGAUCGAUGUGAAGGCAGAUGUUGACUCGAUCCACCCCACUGAGUUCUGCCAUAACUGCUGGAGCAUCAUGCACAGGAAGUUUAGCAGUGCCCCAUGUGAGGUUUACUUCCCAAGGAAUGUGACCAUGGAGUGGCACCCCCACACACCAUCCUGUGACAUCUGCAACACUGCCCGUCGGGGACUCAAGAGGAAGAGUCUUCAGCCAAACUUGCAGCUCAGCAAAAAACUCAAAACUGUGCUUGACCAAGCGAGACAAGCCAGUCAGCGCAAGAGAAGAGCUCAGGCAAGGAUCAGCAGCAAGGAUGUCAUGAAGAAGAUCGCCAACUGCAGUAAGAUACAUCUUAGUACCAAGCUCCUUGCAGUGGACUUCCCGGAGCACUUUGUGAAAUCCAUCUCCUGCCAGAUCUGUGAACACAUUCUGGCUGACCCUGUGGAGACCAACUGUAAGCAUGUCUUUUGCCGGGUCUGCAUUCUCAGAUGCCUCAAAGUCAUGGGCAGCUAUUGUCCCUCUUGCCGAUAUCCAUGCUUCCCUACUGACCUGGAGAGUCCAGUGAAGUCCUUUCUGAACGUCUUGAAUUCCCUGAUGGUGAAAUGUCCAGCAAAAGAGUGCAAUGAGGAGGUCAGUUUGGAAAAAUAUAAUCACCACAUCUCAAGUCACAAGGAAUCAAAAGAGACUUUUGUGCACAUUAAUAAAGGGGGCCGGCCCCGCCAACAUCUUCUGUCGCUGACUCGGAGAGCUCAGAAGCACCGGCUGAGGGAGCUCAAGCUGCAAGUCAAAGCCUUUGCUGACAAAGAAGAAGGUGGAGAUGUGAAGUCCGUGUGCAUGACCUUGUUCCUGCUGGCUCUGAGGGCGAGGAAUGAGCACAGGCAAGCUGAUGAGCUGGAGGCCAUCAUGCAGGGAAAGGGCUCUGGCCUGCAGCCAGCUGUUUGCUUGGCCAUCCGUGUCAACACCUUCCUCAGCUGCAGUCAGUACCACAAGAUGUACAGGACUGUGAAAGCCAUCACAGGGAGACAGAUUUUUCAGCCUUUGCAUGCCCUUCGGAAUGCUGAGAAGAUACUUCUGCCGGGCUACCACCACUUUGAGUGGCAGCCACCUCUGAAGAAUGUGUCUUCCAGCACUGAUGUUGGCAUUAUUGAUGGGCUGUCUGGACUGUCAUCCUCUGUGGAUGAUUACCCAGUGGACACCAUUGCAAAGAGGUUCCGCUAUGAUUCAGCUUUGGUGUCUGCUUUGAUGGACAUGGAAGAAGACAUCUUGGAAGGCAUAAGAUCCCAAGACCUUGAUGAUUACCUGAAUGGCCCCUUCACUGUGGUGGUGAAGGAGUCUUGUGAUGGAAUGGGAGAUGUGAGUGAGAAGCAUGGGAGUGGGCCAGUAGUUCCAGAAAAGGCAGUCCGUUUUUCAUUCACAAUCAUGAAAAUUACUAUUGCCCACAGCUCUCAGAAUUUGAAGGUAUUUGAAGAAGCCAAACCUAACUCUGAACUGUGUUGCAAGCCAUUGUGCCUUAUGCUGGCAGAUGAGUCUGACCAUGAGACCCUGACUGCCAUCCUGAGCCCUCUCAUUGCUGAGAGGGAGGCCAUGAAGAGCAGUGAAUUAAAGCUUGAGCUGGGAGGCAUUCUCCGGACUUUCAAAUUCAUCUUCAGGGGCACUGGCUAUGAUGAAAAACUUGUGCGGGAAGUGGAAGGCCUCGAGGCUUCUGGCUCAGUCUACAUUUGUACUCUUUGUGAUGCCACCCGUCUGGAAGCCUCUCAAAAUCUUGUCUUCCACUCUAUAACCAGAAGCCAUGCUGAGAACCUGGAACGUUAUGAGGUCUGGCGUUCCAACCCUUACCAUGAGUCUGUGGAAGAACUGCGGGAUCGGGUGAAAGGGGUCUCAGCUAAACCUUUCAUUGAGACAGUCCCUUCCAUAGACGCACUCCACUGUGACAUUGGCAAUGCAGCUGAGUUUUACAAGAUCUUCCAGCUAGAGAUAGGGGAAGUGUAUAAGAAUCCCAAUGCUUCCAAAGAGGAAAGGAAAAGAUGGCAGGCCACACUGGACAAACAUCUCCGGAAGAAGAUGAACCUCAAACCAAUCAUGAGGAUGAAUGGCAACUUUGCCAGGAAGCUCAUGACCAAAGAGACUGUGGAUGCAGUUUGUGAGUUAAUUCCUUCCAAGGGGAGGCAUGAGGCUCUGAGGGAGCUGAUGGAUCUUUACCUGAAGAUGAAACCAGUAUGGCGGUCAUCAUGCCCUGCUAAAGAGUGCCCAGAAUCCCUCUGCCAGUACAGUUUCAAUUCACAGCGUUUUGCUGAGCUCCUUUCUACCAAGUUCAAGUAUAGGUAUGAGGGAAAAAUCACCAAUUAUUUUCACAAAACCCUGGCACAUGUUCCUGAAAUUAUUGAGAGGGAUGGCUCCAUUGGGGCAUGGGCAAGUGAGGGAAAUGAGUCUGGUAACAAACUGUUUAGGCGCUUCCGGAAAAUGAAUGCCAGGCAGUCCAAAUGCUACGAGAUGGAAGAUGUCCUGAAACACCACUGGUUGUACACCUCCAAAUACCUCCAGAAGUUUAUGAAUGCUCAUAAUUCAUUAAAAACCUCUGGGUUUACCAUGAACUCUCAGGCAAGCUUAGGGGACCCAUUAGGCAUAGAGGACUCUCUAGAAAGCCAAGAUUCAAUGGAAUUUUAAGUAGGGCAACCACUUAUGAGUUGGUUUUUGGAAUUGAGUUUCCCUCUGGGUUGCAUUGAGGGCUUCUCCUAGCACCCUUUACUGCUGUGUAUGGGGCUUCACCAUCCAAGAGGUGGUAGGUUGGAGUAAGAUGCUACAGAUGCUCUCAAGUCAGGAAUGGAAACUGAUGAGCUGAUUACUUGAGCCUUUUAGUGAGUUCCGAAAAGCAACAGGAAAAAUCAGUUAUCUGAAAGCUCAAUAACUCAGAACAGGAGUAACUGCAGGGGACCAGAGAUGAGCAAAUAUCUGUGUGUGUUGGGGAGCUGUCAUGAAAAUCAAAGCCAAGGUUGUCAAAGAACAGCCAGUGAGGCCAGGAAAGAAACUGGUCUUGUGGUUUUCAUUUUUUUCCCCUUCGAUUUAUUAUAUUUUGUAUUGAGAUAUGAUAAGUGCCUUCUAUUUCAUUUUUGAAUAAUUCUUCAUUUUUGUAAUUUUACAUAUCUUGGCUUGUUCUAUAAGAUUCAAAAGAACUUUUUAAAUUUUUCUAAUAAUAUCUUACAUUUGUACAGCAUGAUGACCUUUACAAAGUGCUCUCAGUGCAUUUACCCAUUUGUUAUAUUUAUGCAGAAAUACCUUACAUCAGGACAACUUUGAGAAAAUCAGUCCUUUUUUAUGUUUAAAUUAUGUAUCUAUUGUAACCUUCAGAGUUUAGGAGGUCAUCUGCUGUCACGGAUUUUUCAAUAAUGAAUUUAGAAUACACCUGUUAGCUACAGUUAGUUAUUAAAUCUUCUGAUAAUAUACGUUUACUUAGCUAUCAGAAGCCAAGUAUGAUUCUUUAUUUUUACUUUUUAAUUUCAAGUAAUUUAGAGUUUCCAAAUUUAGAGCUUCUGCUUACAAUCUUGAAGCCACAGAGGCUUGUAAAAAUAUAUGUUAGCUUGAUGUCUAAAAAUAUAUUUCAUGUCUUACUGAAACAUUUUGCCAGACUUUCUCCAAAUGAAACCUGAAUCAAUUUUUCUAAAUCUAGGUUUCAUAGAGUCCUCUCCUCUGCAGUGUGUUAUUCUUUCUAUAAUGAUCAGUUUACUUUCAGUGGAUUCAGAAUUGUGUAGCAGGAUAACCUUGUAUUUUUCCAUCUGCUAAGUUUAGAUGGAGUCCAAAUGCAGUACAGCAGAAGAGUUAACAUUUACACAGUGCUUUUUACCACUGUGGAAUGUUUUCACACUCAUUUUUCCUUACGACAAUUCUGAGGAGUAGGUGUUGUUAUUAUCUCCAUUUCAUGGGGGUUUAAAUGAUUUGCUCAAAGUUAUUUAGGGGUAAUAAAUACUUGCCUUGGAAAUUGAACAUAGUCCUUUUGUCCCCAAAGCCCUUCUUCUUUCCACCACAAAUUAAUCACUGUGUUUAUAAGGUAGUAUCAGAAUUUGUUUAGGAUUCACAACUAAUCACUAUAGCACAUGAUCUUGGGAUUACAUUUUUAUGGGGCAGGGGUAAGCAAGUUUUUAAGUCAUUUGUGUGCUCUGGCCCUGUUGAUAGAAGAAAGCAACACAAAAGCUCCAAAGGGCCCCCUAACCCUCUUGUGGCUCCAGUUAUUUGGAAACUAUUAUCUGCAUCCUAAGGAAUUUGGGAUUUGCCAGUUGCUGGCAAUGUAGAGCAGGCAUGGAAUUUUAUAUGCUAGUGAGUCAUAAUGAUAUGUUAGUGUUAAUUAGUUUUUCUUCCUUUGAUUUUAUUGGCCAUAAUUGCUACUCUUCAUACACAGUAUAUCAAAGAGCUUGACAAUUUAGUUGUCAAAAGUGCAUCAGUGACAUUAUCUUAAAUGGUAUGUAUUUGGUGCUUCUGCAGGGAUUGAACUCAGUAUCUUUCAUUAAAAAAUACAGCAGUUUUCCUUGCUUUUUAUAUGCAGAAUAUCAAAGUCAUUUCUAAUGUAGUUGUCAAAAACAUAUACAUAUUUUAACAUUAGUUUUUUUGAAAACUCUUGGUUUUGUUUUUUUGGAAAUGAAUGGGCUACUAAGCCACCCUUUCCCUUCAUCCUGCUUAAUCCUUGCAGCAUGUCUCUGCACUAAUAAACAGCUAAAUUCACAUAAUCAUCCUAUUCCCUGAAGCAUGGUCAUGCUGGUUUAUAGAUUUUUUUACCCAUUUCUACUCUUUUACUCUAUUGGUGGCACUGUAAAUACUUUCCUGUAUUAAAUUAUCCUUUUCUAACACUGUAGGAACUGUUUUGAAUGCAUGUGACUAAGAGCAUGAUUUAUAGCACAACCUUUCCAAUAAUCCCUUAAUCAGAUCACAUUUUGAUAAACCCUGGGAACAUCUGGCUGCAGGAAUUUCAAUAUGUAGAAACACUGCCUAUGGUUUUUUGCCAUUAUUGUUGAGAUUGCAAUAUCCUAGACCCUAGUUUUAUACUAGAGUUUUAUUUUUAACAAUGCCUAUUGCAAGUGCAAUUACGUACUCCAGGGAAAUUCGCCACACUGAAUCGAGCAUUUGUGUGUGUGUGUGUGAAGUAUAUACUGGGACUUCAGAAGUGCAAUGUAUUUUUCUCCUGUGAAACCUGAUUCUACAAGUUUUCCUGCCAAGCCACUCAGGUGCAUUGCAGGGACCAGUGAUAAUGGCUGAUGAAAAUUGAUGAUUGGUCGGUGAGGUCAAAAGGAGCCUUGGGAUUAAUAAACAUGCAUUGAGAAGCAAGAGGAGGAGAAAAAGAUGUCUUUUUCUUCCAGGUGAACUGGAAUUUAGUUUUGCCUCAGAUUUUUUUCCCACAAGAUAUAGAAGAAGAUAAAGAUUUUUUUGAUUGAGAGUGUGGGUCUUGCAUUACAUCAAACAGAGUUCAAAUUCCACACAGAUAAGAGGCAGGAUAUAUAAGCGCCAGUGGUAGUUGGGAGGAAUAAACCAUUAUUUGGAUGCAGGUGGUUUUUGAUUGCAGAUAUGUGUGUGUCUUCAGUGAUUGUAUGACAGAUGAUGUAUUCUUUUGAUGUUUAAAGAUUUUAAGUAACAGUAGAUACAUUGUACCCAUUUUACAUUUUCUUAUUUUAACUACGGUAAUCUACAUAAAUAUACCUCAGAAAUCAUUUUUGGUGAUUAUUUUUUGUUUUGUAGAAUUGCACUUCAGUUUAUUUUCUUACAAAUAACCUUACAUUUUGUUUAAUGGCUUCCAAGAGCCUUUUUUUUUUCUAUUUCAGAGAAAAUUCAGGUACCAGGAUGCAAUGGAUUUAUUUGAUGCAGGGGACCUGUAUUUCCAUGUCAAAUGUUUUCAAAUAAAAUGAAAUAUAAGUUUCAAUACUUUUUAUAUUUUAAUAUUUCCAUUCAUUAAUAUUAUGGUUAUUGUCAGCAAUUUUAUGUUUGAAUAUUUGAAAUAAAAGUUUAAGAUUCGAAAA